AUGGACGUUGAUACUCCCACCCCAGCAGCAGCCUCCGGAAAGGUCGUCAAGGCUUCCGAUGACAAGAAACCUAGAUUUGAAGUGAAGAAGUGGAAUGCUGUAGCUCUUUGGGCAUGGGACAUCGUCGUGGACAAUUGUGCAAUCUGCAGGAACCACAUCAUGGAUCUUUGUAUUGAAUGUCAAGCGAAUCAAGGAGCUGACAACGAAGGAUGUACUGUGGCUUGGGGCAUCUGCAAUCACGCAUUUCAUUUCCACUGUAUCUCUCGAUGGCUCAAAACUCGACAUGUCUGUCCCCUUGACAAUCGACAAUGGGAACUUCAAAAAUACGGUCGAUGA